CUGUCGAAAUUACCGGGAAAGGCAAUAAACCAAUUUUUAACGCAGUCUAAAUUUCGAGUGCUUCUCCAAUUGCUCUGGAAAUUUCGAUGGCUGGAAAUUUUUGGCAAAGUUCUCAUUCCCAACAGUGGAUUUUGGAUCGUCAAGACUUAAUACGAGAACGUCAAUACGAUUUACAAAUUCUAUCCGAAGAUGAGUAUCAAAAAGUGUUCAUAUUCUUUGCCAAUGUCAUUCAAGUACUUGGAGAGCAGUUGAAAUUACGUCAACAAGUUAUUGCCACUGCAACAGUGUAUUUUAAAAGAUUUUACGCAAGAAAUUCCUUGAAAAAUAUCGAUCCUCUACUGUUGGCCCCUACUUGUAUACUUUUAGCAUCUAAGGUUGAAGAGUUUGGUGUGAUUUCAAAUUCCCGUUUAAUUUCUAUUUGCCAAUCAGUGAUAAAAAGUAAAUUUAGUUACGCUUACACGCAAGACUUUCCAUAUCGCACAAAUCAUAUUUUGGAAUGCGAGUUUUAUUUAUUAGAAAAUUUGGAUUGCUGUCUGAUUGUGUAUCAACCGUAUCGUCCAUUAUUGCAGCUAGUUCAAGAUAUGGGGCAAGAGGAUCAGUUAUUAACAUUUAGCUGGCGAAUUGUUAAUGAUUCGUUACGUACGGAUGUUUGUUUGUUGUAUCCACCAUACCAGAUUGCUAUAGCAUGCUUACAAAUCGCCUGUGUCAUAUUGCAAAAAGACUCGAUGAAGCAAUGGUUCGCUGAACUUAACGUUGAUUUGGACAAAGUUCAGGAAAUUGUACGCGCCAUUGUUAAUCUUUUCGAGUUAUGGAAAGAUUGGAAGGAAAAAGACGAAAUACAAAUGCUCUUAGCGAAAAUACCGAAACCAAAACCUGCACCUCAGCGAUAAAGUUACUUAAAAAAUAAAUUAUUCUCCUUUUUUCAUAGUACAUAGCUCUAAGAAUGAAGACGAAUGUAUAUCCCCUAGUAGAACUACAAGCGUAU